UGUUAAUGCUGCGCCCGUAAGCGAGUGUGAUAUUCUUCUAAACCCGAUCACGCGUCUCUGAUUUGCUUUCAUCUCGUUCGUUCCUACUCCUGAAUUUUUCUAGGGUUUGGCCUUUCUCAAUUGCAUUGCAUCGGUAGCUUUUUAUUACGUUCAUGCCUCGAUUUUAACCUCUUCGCUCUCUUCUUCUUCUUCUUCUUCUUCUUCUUCUUCUUCUUUCUGUAACUCGUUUUCUCUAUUUCGGUGGUCUCGCUUCUGAAUUUUCACUUUGGGUUUCUAAAUUGGAUCGAUGGUUAUUCUCUAAUUAUAUGUUUAUUUUACCUUUGUCGAUUUUGUUUUGUUGAUUUAGAUUUGUGGUGGAGGAUCCUACGACUAAUCGGUGGUGGCUCUUCUAGGGUUUGGUUUCUAAUUAAAUUGUUUUGGAUGAUGUUUUUCUCGAACUGUGAUGGCUUUGAUGGACACGCUUGGCUUCUUCUCGGUGCCAACGUAUUUAGGGGUUUUGGAGGAUCUUAUGAUCGAUUGUGGAAGAGGAUGCUUUGAUCUGUCGCUGAUUUGUCGUCUCUGCGCUACAUCUUCAGAUCGUGGGAUUACUGGGUGGGAGAUUCGAAGAGAAUGAAAACAUUGCGGGAGUGCGUAUGAUUUCUCAGUUAAACUUUCAGAUGUUCUUGCUGUGUACACACAUUCAGAUGAGAGAUGAUCUGAAUGUGUGCUCCCCCGCUUCUGGAUUUUUACUCCUCCUACAUGUGGUUUAUUCAGGUUUCAAGGGAGUGUUGGACUGCUCAUCUAAAUUAUAGAUUGUCGAGGUUCUAUAAGAGAAAAAGCAACAGAUUGUGGAGGAUGCUUUGCUCGGUCGGUGAUGGUCAUGAUGGAUCUUUGUCUUCUCUGCGCUACAUCUUUAGAUGUCGAGGCACCGAAAUUACUGUGCGUGAGGGCUCCAAGAGAGAAAAAAAAAGCAUUGUGGGAGUGAAUGGUUUGCGUAUGAUUCUGAGUUUAACUUUCAGCUUUUGAAUGAUGCUUUUAUCGACCAGUGAUGGCUACGACAGGGGUUUUGUUCUUCCUCUUUAACACGUCUUUUAACUUUUUCUAGUUUUGUUCCUUACGUUUCUUCCUUCGUCUUGCAGGUGUUUCAGAAGCGAAUUAUUGAUAUGAUCAUCGCGUAUUAGUUCUUCUCCAUGCACGUAUUCAGGCGUUCUCACAUGUUCCUUGCUCUAAAUGCAUCUCUAUUUGCUUAUUCGGUGGUUUUUUUUUCUUCUAAUUACAUGUUAUUUACUUGUGUUUUUUUUUUGUUGUUGUUGGUGUAGAUUUGUGGAGGAUCCUACGAUUGAUUGGUGGUGGCUUCGACAGAUGGUUGUCACUCUAAUUCAUUCUUCUAGAGUUUGGAUUGUAAAUUGAAUCUGGGCUCCUCUGAUUUACAAGGUUAGACAUGUGGUUUAUUCAGGUAUUUCAUCCUCUUUCUCUUCGGUUGUCAGCUAUAUAUGUUUAAUGUGCAUUGGGAUUUUUGCUAAUCAAGUCUACAUGGUAGUCUUAAUUGGGAUGAACUUAUAGGUUCCAUCUCUGGAGUUUGAUUCGUGGGUUUCUUUUGCUUGUGUUUAUUACCCUUCUGUGAAUUACUUUUUCUUCUCUUUUGAUUGCUCCCUGCUAAUUUUUUAUUUUUUUUCUAGCUUAGGUUUCUAAAUUGCAUUCUGGCAUCUUUUGUUCAUACAAUAUACUUCUCGUUCUGUUAUUUCAGAUUGUGCAGUAUGCUUUUAUCGACCGUUGAUGGAUCUUUGUCACGCCUUUUCUCUAUCCUAGGGUCUUCAGGGGGUGUUCUUCUCUGAAAUUUGUUUUCUUUCCUACGUUUCUAAAUUGCAUUGGUGCUCUUUCUCUAUUUUGCUUCUCGUUUUGAUGUUUUAGAUUGUGGAUGAUGCGAUGAUCGAAUGUGAUGGCUUUUAUUGAUCUUUCUCUUCUGGCGGUUUUCUGUCCCUAUUCCCAGCUUUUAAUUUCUGAGCCAAUAUUUUCUCUUUGAUGCAUUGGGAUUGUUCUGGUAAAUAUCUCUUCUUGUCUAUCAUAUUUUUAGGUUUCUAUCUUUUUAUUAUCUUUUCGAAUAUAUGUUCGUAGUACAACCACAAAUUCCUCUGUCCUGUACUCCUGUUCUGUCUCAGUUUAUCUUGAAGGAUGUCUUUGAUCUGUUGUCGCUUCCUGUCACCUCUUUGGCCGUUAGCUCUUUCCCUUGAUUUAUCUUUGGUGUUCUUAAAUUAUUUUUCUUUUGUUAUUUUUUGGAGAAUUUUUUCGUGUUGAAGGGAUGGAUUGAUUGCAUAUAAUUUUGUGUUUCUGGUUACGUCGCAUACACCUCUUUUACUACAUACAGAAUGUUUUAUUUAAGAUUGGCUAUAGCUGGUGAGGUUUGAUUUGUCCUGCAAUUGAGUUUCCCUGAUUUUUGGCAUAUAUGCUCCUUUUUAAAAAAAUUUGGCAUCCUGGGAUGGAUUUUUUGCAUUUUUCUCUGACGCCUGUGGUGUUUUUUUGUUUGUCUUUUUCUGUGAUAUUUCAUGGAGAUGUGAUCAGCUUUCUUUCCCCUGUUUUUCCCUUUCUUGAUUUUGAGUCUGCAUCUUUUCUAUGGAUGAAAUGGUAGUCACUUUUGCUUGAGAUGAAGUAAUUAUCUUUGCAAAGGAGUUUGGAUGGUGCAAAGUGGAAUUUAUGUAUCUGUACAUCAUGAGUUUGUGAGGUGGCUUUUCUAUGUCUCCUAUUUCUAGUGUAGAUUGCGGAGGAAGCAAAAACUGCAAGGUUAUAAGAUUUUUAGAUUAUGAUGGUAGCUUCUCUAAUUUAUAUGAACAUCCCUUCAUUAUUGGUAUGUUGAGGAUGGGAAGAAGGCAGGCUCCGAUCCAUACUGAUUUAUUGGCACGAGGGAUGGAGUUUUAUUUGCAGUUUUCUCUGAUACAUCUUGUGUUUUUUUUCUUUUUACCUCUAUGUGAUCAGGUUCUCCUUAUCUGUUUUUCCCUUUCUGAUUUUGCAGUCUGCAUCUGUUCUAUGGUUUAAUUGCUUGAGAUGAAGUCAUUAUCUUUGUGUUGGCUUGUGAUUGUUGGGUCUCUGUUGAUUUUUGAAUUACUUCCGACUGUUAUACCUUACAUCCUCACUGUUUACGAGGCUAUUUUCUUCUCGGAGUUGAUGCGGUUGAUUUUGGUUGUAUUGUCUUUUGCUGCCCACUGAGGGUAAAUUUAUAGGAUCCAAUAUGUUAACUUUUGGGUUGGUCUGUUCUCCAGCGAGACAAAGUAACGAUGAAGGCUCUUCAGUUUUUGUUAUAAAUAACGUUUUUGUUUUGGUCACUCUUCUAUUAGCGGUCUCUAGAGAUUAGUUGCAGGGGAUGCUUGAAGGUCCGUAGGUUGACUUCUCUGAAUGUGAUUACCGUACUUGUUCCACUGAUUUUGACGAUUGUAUUUUCUGUACAUUUGUUGAUGGAACCUUUUGAAGAUUCUCUGUUCUUUUUCGUUGUACACUAUGUGGAUCCAAGGUUUCAUCAUGUUCCUCAAUUAUUUUCUUGCGCCUUCUAGUCAAACGAACAGUCUGCCAUAAUGAGGUCUUUAGUUUCUUUUGUAGGUUCUUCCACACUGGUUGUUAGCAACGGUGAUGGUCUAUGCAUGUUAGGGUUGUUGAUGGUAAAGAGGCACUAGAUUUCUUGGCAUUUUCAGAAUUUGGUUGGAGUGAAUCCUUCUGGUUGUGGGGAAUGUAUAUGUACUGAGUAUUGUGUGCUAGUACAUGUACAUAUAUUAAUUUUAACUUCUGUCCCGUGUUGGGGAGUUGUGCUGCUCAUAGUCACUUCAGUUAGUUAUUCAAUAAUGAAGUUCUGACUUGAUUUUUUGUUCGGGUGAUGCGUUAUGUUGUCACCUCACUUGCUUUAGUUGAUUUUUUUUUGGUUCAACGCUUUUUAGUUGGUUAGCUUUUGAUUAAGGUGGAGCCCAUCAAUAUUUGUUUGAGCCCAUUAAGCUGGAGUCUACCAGUAGAAAACAAACCCUAAGUUAGAGGCGUCGCCACGGUCAUCAUUACUUUACCCCCGACAAUCUCUGAUCGGUUGCGUCUCCCUCGUCACUAUCUGUCAUCGUAUCGUGCCGCUGGUAUUGUUCAUAUCGUUUUUCGUCUUAAUCGUAUUCUAUUGUGUUUGUCAAAAUAUUGCUGAGAUCUCUAAACAAAAGCGUCACGAUCACAAAGGACUGAAAUCACAUGGAUUUGAUUAGCCAAUUGCCUGAGGAUUUGCUACAUCAGAUACUCUUAAAACUUGAUACGACGGGUUCUGUUAGAACUAGUGUCUUGUCGACGAGAUGGAGAUAUCUUUGGCAACGUGUUCCUGGAUUGGACCUCUACUUGUUUGUCUUUAGAGACAAUGGGUUAAAGGGUUUCGUCAACAGGUUUCUAGAUUUGGAUAAGGAGAAACCACUCAUAAACCAAUUCAAGUUGGUAUUUGACGGCGGGCAAUAUGAGACUGAAGGAUCCAAUUUCAUCAACAAGUGGGUCAACUCAGUGGUUGCUCGUGGAGUUCAACAUCUUGUGCUUUUUGCUUAUUAUAUGGCUUCUUAUUACAGGAAAAAUGACUGUCCCAUAAUAAAGCUUCCGGGAAGCAUUUCUAUGUGUGAGACGUUGGUACACUUGGAGCUGGUCAACCUAGGCAUACAUAGUUUUGACUCCGUUUCUCUACCUCGUCUCGAGACAAUGCAUUUUAAAUCGGUUUGGUUUUCGAGUGAUGCGGCUCUUGAAAGGCUUAUCUCAUCCUCCCCACUUCUUCGAGAUUUGAACAUUGACAAAAUUUGGAAUGUGGAAUUUUUACGAGUGCGGUCUCAGACACUAAGUAGCUUGAAUUUGAACGUGCCUGGUCGAAUAACUGGGGUAGCGAUUGAUGCUCCCAGACUUAAGCGUCUGAGUCUCGAAUUCCCCCAUUUUAUAGACCUUGUGCUGAAUAGUGUGUCUUCUCCGAUCAGAGUGUGUUUUAAUAACUUUUCUCUCAUCGAAAGCGAUUUUAACUCAUCAACGAUGAAAACAUUACCUACAUAUCUUGCUUGGAUAUCGAAGGUCAAAAAUCUUAGCCUCAAUUGCUCUACCCUAAAGGCCAUGUGUGCUUACUCGAGACCCCAACCGCUGCCUGAGUUCUCUAACUUGACCCAUUUAAAAGUUUCAUUUUCUAACUCUGUUUCAGUUAUAGAGUUGUUAGCAACGUUUCUCGCAAGUUGUCCAAACCUAAAAUCUUUACAGUUGUCGAUUUGCGGUAAGCUAUAUAAAGUGGACACCUCAAGAUCACAUGCGCCUAAGUGUCUGCUAACAUCGCUCGAGAUUGUUGAGAUAUACAGCACGGCUGGGGGUACUGAGCUUGUCAAAUACAUAUUGGGGAAUGCAGCAGUUCUCAAGGAGCUUAAUCUUAAAUUUCCUGUAUGGGAAGGAGCCAAAUACAGGUUGCAAUUUGUCGAGAAAAUCCUUUUGCUUCCAAAGCGUUCUUCGGUUUGCCAAGUGUCUGCCCACACCGCUCACGAAGUUUUCCUAUGAAAAGCUUGGUUUUUGUUCCCAUUGUCGGGCAUCUGAAGACAUAUACCAAAUUGUCAAGCAAAUUAAUACGUUUCCAAGAUGAUCUCUGGGCUUGUUGAGUUUUCCUUCAUUAGUAUUGAAGCUGUUUUCUUGAGUAAACCCAAGUGUAAACCUAAUUAUGCUUCUUAUUAGAUGUUUCGAGGUUCCAUUACUUGUUCCGAUUAGACUUCGUAGCAUUUAAAAUACUGUAUUUGUUAUGUGAUUGGUAAUCCAAGAUGCCGUGAUAUUAUUGAUAA